CGGGUACCGCCGGAUGCGGCGCCGCCCAGGCGUGCGUAGGGGAGAAAGCGGGGCAGGAGGUGCGAGGUUUUGUUUACCGCCCCCGGUGGAAAUAUUCUUUUCCGUUUCGUUCGAAAAGGUUUGAUGAUUUUGUUUUCCCUAGGGAAGACAGCGUGGCAUCCAUAGCGUAUACAUACAAAAACGAUGCAAAAGACAUCAAAGUCACGCUUAUACCGUUGCAGCACUUUGCGCACCCUCAGUUUUUCCAUCAGGUGGAUAGCAUCUGCAGCCAACAUCAUUCUGUUUUGAUGGAAGGGCGAACUCCGUUGACUGGUGCACCAUAUUCAACGAUUGUUCCACCCCGUGAAGCUGUUUCUUGUACACGCCCUGGAGAACACAUAGAUGAUGAAGGUUGGGAACCACGAGAAAUUGAACGUUUCUGGCAACCGUUUUCCUGGGGAGUUAAGGACUCCCCGAAUUUGACCGUAAUUCACGCAGCCGAUAAGUAUGACUAUGAACGAUUGCCGUGGUGGUGCUCUCUUCGAUUUAACAUGCCUAUUUUAGGAAGUUUUGCCAGGGAAAAACAUUGUUUGGAUAUGAUAUAUCCCUUGGCAGCAAAUGGGUAUAAAGCGUUUGCAAUUCCAUGGGGAGCGGCUCAUAUGCCUAUAUUCAAUGAGAUGCUUAUUGAUAAUGGAUUUGAACAAAUUGGCAUGUGUUCACUUUUGAUGUUUAAUCGCAUUGAUGGUGACAUCAGCGCUGGAGAACAUGAGAAAUUUUGUCAACUUCAGAAGAGGCAAAAAAGAUUCGUUCAAAUGACCUGGGUAUUAGCUAUAAUAAGUCUCUUGCUAUUUAUGCGCACCAUGGUUACUGUAGAGUACAGAAAGGGAUAA